AUGAGUGCUUUUAAAAAGUGUGAGGAACGAAGACUUUCGAAGGCGCCGCCCAGGCACAUAUCGGGCCUGAAGAAACUAUUGAACCAGGACUGUUUUGUUACUGGGUCUGGUCUUUCGGAGUUUGAUGAACUGAUUGUUGAGGAUGUACAUCGUACAUACAUUCGAUACUUUCAGAAGCUUUUUGUGACACAGGGCUUGGUAUAUCACCAUCAUGUUUGCUUCAUAUCAUCGUUGGACCGAAUUCAGGCUUUUCUCAUGGAUGUUCCAGGCAUUUCCCACGCUGGUAUUGAACCCUCUUCCGCCGAUCAAUUGGUAAUUGCUUGGCGAUAUCAAAAUCUUUCCAUCUCGAAUGCGGCUCCUCUUGGAGUAACUAAGAAGUCGCUUUCCAAUCAAUUCGACAUGACCAGUAAUUUGGACCUGGCAGAGUUCGCCUCUGUCCCCACCUUAGCUUCGUGUGAACUUAAAAUCAAUCCAUUUUGCAGCCUGGAAGAAAAUCUUUCCAAGGUUUUAGAACACAUUGAGGAAGUCGUUCGUCGUGAAAAGUCUGCCGUGUGUAGAAUAGGCAAUAGUGUGUUGUUUUCAGUCAUGGAUUCAAUUGCAUCUCCACUGUGGGGUCGACGACCUCGAAACCUCCAGGCAUGUCUUGCCAAUUUCAUUGUGCGUCUGCGCCUCCUCCUUCGUUACUCCUUCCACGUUGUUUACAUCUCUGUCUCAAAGCUGGCACUUCAGGAAUCAGGUGCUGCAUCAAGCUGGAUGAGCUACACCGAUUACGCUUUCGAAGUGACCGGAUUUGACGGUCUAGAGGCUAGCGGUAAAGUGACUGCCAACCCCGUCUAUGAAGAGUAUAAUGGACUCUUGGAAGUUCUCAAGCUUCCCUCAGUUUCCAGACUGAAUUUGGAACCGAUUACGCGUCCUCUCACACUAGAAUGGGCUUUCAAAGUCAAGCGAAAACAGUUCAUCCUAAAGUAUCUGAAUCUUCCACCUUGCAUUUCGGAGACCGCCAGCCGUUCCAGCACCGCUACCUCUCACCCGCAUCGCACUGCAGGUGCUAAUGGAGGUGGUGCUGACUAUUGCCCUAUCAUUCGUAAGAAACCACUUGUUUUGGGCAAAGAAAUGGUACCCGAUGACGUGGUGAAUGAUGGAGGUCAGUUCUACAACACUGGUGGCUACUGGAUGAUUUCAAGUCACCCAAUGAAUGGCGUUUUCCCGAUUAACCGCAUUGUCGACAUCGCCUUUGAUGCGUGCGAGGAGCUCGUGUGGUGUGUCACUGCAACUGGUCAGUUGACAAGCUUCUACGGUGGCACACUGGAGCAGUACACUACAGCACCGGUAAUUCCAGUGGGCUCAACAGUGACUGAUGGCUCUCCGCAGGAGUGUGAGCUCAGAUCCGUCUUCCCCUCACCACGAUACACUGAACGAAUAGUCUACAUGCUGGCAAGAAAUGCCAUCUUUGCCUAUUCCAAGUUUUGCCGACCUAUCGGUUAUUCUACAACAGAGAAGAUGCAGGCGCUGGAGUGUAUGACGGCGUGUAGGGGCACGCCCUGUGCUACCUCGCCCAACGACUCGGCUGAUUUUGAUCGCUUCUUCUGUGGGGGUCUACAGCCAGAGGUGUUCGAGCUGGACGCCGUGAGCGGCGCUAAUUGGGGUUCUCUCAUCCGCACUAUCCACGUGGGAGACGAAGGAGCCGUCAGCCUAAAACCCUUUGCUUUUGGUCUCUGUGCUGCCAAUACUACCGGUCAGGUGAAGAUAAUUGAUCCGCGCGCGGUUGAGGGCGUGGUGCGCUCCUUUGAGGCACAUUCGGGCGAGAUAUCAGAUAUGUCAAUUCUCUUCGAUGGCUUCACCCUCGUUACCUGCGGCUGGUCACGCAAGCUUAAUGGGUCCCUUCGUAUUGAUCGGCUAGUUAAUGUGAGCCUCUUUCUCCCCACCAAAACGGAUCCUUUUCCCUACACCAUCUCCGUUACAAGGAAUGUGUAUGACUUGCGGUUUGGGCGCUAUCAAGCGCCACUAUCGACCGUAGUGGAUCCCAGUUUCUUGGCGACAGUUGGACCCAUGCAAAGAAUCAUGGUUGCCUCCCAGUCAGGAGCCUUUCAGCCUCUUGAAUUUGAGGCACCCAAUCUGGACCCAGAGAGUAUGGGCAACAUCAUGCUCGACUGCUACGAUCGAGUCGUUUCCUUCUGCGUCUCCUCUAACGCUCAGUGUCUUCUCUUUGGUACAGAAGGUGGGAGUAUACACUUGUACUCGACUUCACUAGACUCCUGUCACUUCAAUCACUCCUCAAUGCAGACGGAGUUUGCCUCUCCAUUUGCCGAUGGUCUCAUACCGGCCACUCUGGACAGCCUCUCUCAAGAGGAGGACUACCACCUUCCUGUAACCGGGCACCAUGCUCUUUCACGAAUGGCUGGCAAAAAAUUGAUGCGUAUUGCGAACGCGGCGGUGAAUGCGACUGUGGCUAAGGAAACGGGAUACUCCUUCAUGCGACGGGCCCCACUGAGCAGUAACUACCUGGAGCGCAAGCGUCUGUUCGCCUUCAAUCAUGCUCUCUCCACAGCGUAUCAGCCAAUUAUGGACUUUGAUGACACUAGCGCAUUCACCCUAUCCUCGGUGCCAUUCAUGCUCGACCCACCUGUGUGCAACACUGCCGAGCUCGCUGAGUGGGUAUGUGAAACCACGGGCAUUCGUAGAGACGGCCUCACUUCUGACUGGCCAUCCGACCUCUGUGGUGAGCCCAACCGACCCAUGCGUCCAGUAGACCCUGAGUUGCUGGCGAAGGCUAACAACACGGGUGUUGUCCAGAAACCGCCGGGCAUGGGACCAGUUUGGUGUCCCUACGAUCCUACCCCAGUACCCACGAGUGAUCUCGAGUUAGGGUCGAGACGGAAAAAGCAACUUAGCUAUGUACAAAAGAUGUGCCAAGACGGGGGCCCCUAG